AUGAUGAUUGAGGUGGUUUGCAAUGACCGUCUGGGGAAGAAAGUCCGUGUCAAAUGUAACACAGAUGACACCAUCGGGGACUUGAAAAAGCUGAUAGCGGCCCAAACUGGCACCUGGUGGACGAAGAUAGUCCUGAAAAAGUGGUACACGAUUUUUAAGGACCGUGUGUCUCUGGGAGAUUAUGAAAUCCAUGAUGGGAUGAACCUGGAGCUUUAUUACCAGUAG